UCUCUCCCCCCCCCCAUAGCCCCUCAAGUGUCAUUGUCUCACAUAUACUUCACACAAAAGAAACAACCAUUCACUUCAUCCCCUUGUCAUUUCUUCUUUCCCUCUGCGUCCUUCCCCUUCUCCUCUCAAUUAUCUCAAACACACCCGGCCCCUCUCUUCCCAAUCCAUUCAUCUCACGCCCAGAAAAUCUAAACCCUCUCUGCUUAACUCUCUCACACACACUGUGCUAUCUAUAUAUAUCACAGAGAAUUGCAGAAAAGAUUGCUUGUUCUUGGAGAAGAUAAAGCAAGCUAAGCUAGGUAGGUGGGAAAUCACGGGGAGGCAAAUAGAUGGAGUUGUUUCCAGCACAGCCUGAUUUGUCUUUGCAGAUUAGUCCUCCCAACACCAAAUCCACAUCAGGAUGGAGAAAUAGUGGGACGCAAGAUCAAGUUGAUUUGGGGUUCUGGAAGAGAGCUCUGGAGACCAGAAGCUCAUUGCUUUCCUCAAUGCCUAAAACUGCCACUGCUGCUGACCUUUUUGACCUUUCACUUUCCAAUAAUUCCAACCCGGCCGCUACAUUCACGCCUUCAGUUUCUUCCUCAGAUGUCACUCACAACCACCGCUUCCAAAACGAUCCGUUUCAUCAGCACCACCACCACCCUCAGUACUUGACGCAGGAACUGGGAUUUCUCAGACCCAUCAGAGGAAUCCCUGUGUACCAGAACCCUCAUCAUCCUCAUCCUCAUCCUCCUGCUCUUCCUUUCUCUCAAGUUCAUCAGAAUCCGGAUGUUUCUAUUUCAGCAGCAGUGAAAAACUCCACCGCCUGCACAAGCUCCGCCCCUUUUCCUUUUCAUCAUCAUCAUAGUCAAGGUUUGAUGAGGUCGAGGUUUUUGUCUCAUCGCUUCCCGACCAAGCGCAGCAUGAGAGCUCCUAGGAUGCGUUGGACUACCACCCUUCAUGCUCGCUUUGUUCAUGCCGUUGAGCUUUUGGGUGGCCACGAAAGGGCUACACCCAAAUCCGUUCUCGAGCUAAUGGAUGUCAAGGAUCUUACUUUAGCCCACGUUAAAUCUCAUUUACAGAUGUAUCGGACGGUGAAAACCACAGAUAGAGCAGCAGCUUCUUCCACAGGUCAAUCAGACGGAUAUGAUAAUGGAUCAUCUGGGGAUACUUCUGAAGAAUUAAUGUUCGACAUGAACAAUUUGGGAAGAUCCGAUCUAUCUACCAUGCAGGGAAGACAAUGUGUUCAUCAAGAAAAGGAAUAUCACGGCCUCUGGAGCAACUCUUCCAGAGAAGCUUGGCUGCAUGGGAAGCCAAAGGAGAUUGAUUCUGUUGGAAACAACAAUGUUAGUUCUCUUGAGAAGGAGAGAACAUCAGAUGGAAGCUCAUCGUCAAACAUUUCAGGAUCAAGCCCUAAGAAGCCUAAUUUGGAUUUGGAGUUCACCUUGGGACAGCCAAUAUGAGAUCUCUCCCUUCUUUGUUAUUCUGAUAGUAUCAGUAUUAUUAAUCGUUUCGAAGAAAGAAUAAUUAAAUUUUUCUCUCAAAAAAGAGAUAUCUAGCAAGCUAUAUAUCUAUAGGGCUGGAAUGAGAAUCAGGUACCUGCUGAGAAACCCAGAGAAAAAGGAAGCUUAAAAGAAUACGAAAGGGAAGGAAAAAAUAGAAAAGGAAAGAAAAAGAAAAAGAAAAGAAAAGAAAAGCAAAAAGAGAGCUAAAGAAAGACAAGGAGACAAGAAAGACAGAAAGCAACAAAAGGAGAAGAGAGCAUGAGAGAAGAGAAUCCAAAUCAACAAAUAUAUUUUAUGUUUAUUGGUAAAUAUAUGAAAUCUAAUUGGAUUUGUAUGUUGUUGUGCAAUCUGCGAGAGAAAGAGACAGAAGCAAAAGAAAGAGGGAGCUUUACCUAUACAUCUCAAAGUAUGAAGCAAUAUCCUUGAUAAUUGUAAUAGCACUUUGCAUUCAUGAAAUAUUUUAAUUUUUUUCGUAUAUUAUAAAUUUGAGAGGAGAGUUUGUUUUUA